AUGAUUGCCCAAAAUCUUCUCGCUGCCGUUGUUGGCCUUGCAGUUGGUGUCAAGGCUGGCCCAUGCAAGCCUUCGUCAGUGACAACCACGACUGGCACCGCGUCCAGUGAUGUCGUUUCCAUUACCAGUAUCGCCACUUCUGUAGAGUUCACCACUGCCGAUGUCACUUCCGUCACUAGCAUCGCCACUUCUGGAGAGCCCACUACCACCACCACCGAAGCUGCAACUACUACCACUAGCCCGGGUGAAUAUGUCUGCCUCAAGGACCCUGCUCCAGUUGGCAAGGGCUGUAACGCGCAGGGCGGUGGCCAAGGUGCUCUAGAAUUAUUGGGCAAUGUGAACACAUUGACGCUGGCCUCCUGCUACAAGUCUUGUCUGGACAGGACCGGAUGUAUUGCAAUUUCCCUGCAGCCUGGUUCAUGGUGCGCGUUGUGGGCUGGAUCGUUCACGGGUACCAGUGGUGGUGAAUCGGCUUGGUCUUGGUAUGACAUGGGCUGCUUCUGUGACGAGUUUUCAGCCACCACAAGUGGCUUGGCUACCGGGACGACAGCCUCCGAAGCUACAGAUAGUGAACAGACAACUACAUCUAUCGAAUUGACUUCAACCACCGAGACGGCUCCUGCUACAACGACUGAGGCUACAACGACCGAGGCUACAACGACCAAGGCUAUGACCACUACUGAGGCUUCAACCACCACUACCACCGCACCAGGCGAGUCCUGCGUUAACAAUGAGAGGAGCCCCGCCCCAUCCGACAAGAUAUGCAACAAAUCUGGCUACUCGCAUGGUAGCUCCAUGGAAUUUCUGGACAGUCCAACGGGUGUCACAACGAUGGAGGCUUGCCGUGCGGCUUGUCGCGAAACCAGUGGGUGUGCUUUCUUUGCCAUUAUCCCUGGUGAAUAUUGCUCUAUAUAUAGCGGCGACAUUGCGAGCGUAUCCGAUCAAACGGACUACUUUUGGUAUGACAUGGACUGCUUCUGCGACUUGGAUGGGCCAGACUACUGA